ACCUGACAUCGUGGCUCGGCUAACGUGGCCAGAAGACCCUGUAUAAAGCACCGGAGUCACUACAAGCAUCAACAGUCGCUUCAGAAGCGUAAAACAGUCUACAUUCACAGCAGUGCAGCUGCUGUGACCAAGGUCCAGGAGAGCAAGUUCAUAGCGCAGUAGAGAAGAGACUUCAGGUAUACAGGAGCAACGUCAACAUGGGUCUCAUCUUAAGCCGUAUUCUAUAUCUCGUCCAGAGCAAGAAACCCUGCAGGAUUCUCAUGGUUGGACUGGACGGUGCAGGGAAGACUACUAUACUCUACAAGCUGAAACUUGGUGAAGUCGUCUCAACCAUUCCAACUAUUGGUUUUAACGUAGAGACGGUUGAUUACAAGAACAUCAGCUUCACUGUGUGGGACGUGGGAGGCCAAGAGAGACUGAGGCCACUGUGGAGGCACUACUUCCAGAACACCUCAGCCAUUAUCUACGUCGUUGACAGUAACGAUCCCCAGCGACUGGCGGAGUCACGCGAGGAGCUAGACAUUAUUCUCAAGAAUGAGGAGGUGUGUGAGUGUCCGCUGCUGGUGCUGGCUAACAAGCAGGACCUGCCCCACGCCGCUACUGUCGACGCUAUUACUCACUCGCUCAACCUCCGUAACCUUACUCGACCCUGGUUCGUGCAGCCCACCUGCGCCGUCAACUCCUCGGGAGUGUACGAGGCACUUGACUGGCUGGCCACUCAACUCUCCUAGGGAUAAGAUAUCAAUCAACUCUCCUAGUGAUGACAAAGUGUCAAUUAACUCUCCUAGAGUUGAUGCUUUCUUAAUAUCAUCCUUUCAAUUAUCAACUUACUCUUACAGUAACCAUGCUGUGUUGGAUAACUGAAAAAGUGGUAACACCUUUUGUCUUGACUCUCUCAACAAAGUUUUAUAUCAUGAUAUUUAUUUAUCUUAAGAGUGGAGGGGCAAACCAGCGGACGGCUUCUCCCUCUCCUGACAAAAGGCUUCACCGAGAGAGUCAACUAAAUAUCCACGGGACCACAAAUUUUAACAUUUCUUCCGAAGCAAAAUAAUACCACCAUGUCUGUAAACCAAAUACAUAAUUUCAACUGGUAAACGGAGAGAAAAUUCAAGAAAAGGUUAGGUUAGGUAAGGUUCGUCAGGAAACAGGACAAGUGUUUCCUGACACGGGUCUUAGGCAGAUAAUGACUCGCCGUUGGAGCUUUUGGUCAUCUGCCCGAGGGCUUCCGCUGGCUUACCGGUCCUUUCUCCCCCCCCCCUUUAAAAAUUAUGGUCAUAGUUAUAACCAUUUUUGUAAGUCCAAGAAAAAAUCCAACAAAGAUUAAAUCCAGCUAAAACUGUUUAGUUUCGGUUACGAUAUUUUUUAUGUUGGAUUCUUUCCGUGGAUUUUUUUGUAGGAAAUUUUAUCCCCCCCCCCCCCUACGGAUUUUUCAGUCUUUUUUUUUUUGUAUUUUCCUAAGAUUCACUGACACAAUUCUUACAACAGUUUCAUAAAAAAGAUAUUAUUGGUAUUACUGUGUAAGAGAGAGUUAAAUCCCUUCAGGGUUGAGCGCUGGACAAUUAUCAAGUCACAAUAAGUUCUGUGGCCAACAAGUAGCAAAUUGUGAUUUAUACAAUGUUCAAGUUAGUUACGGAUCAACGAGUGUUGUUGAGUAGGCUUUACAUUUUUCUUAUACUUGAAAAUGUUUGUGAUAAAUAGGUUGUAACAUUGUAUAUCUCACUAAUAUAAUAAAAACAAAUAAUUGUA